AUCAAGUCCCUCUGACUCGAAAAGUUACCACUUCCAGAAAAAUGAGGAACACAUUUUAAAUGUUUCCUCUGAUUAAUCUCAUUCACUCCAGACACUUCUCUUCUUCUACGAGCGUAAACUGUUCGUUUUAAAGGAGGUAAAACGCUGUCAUGAAUACAGAAGUGUUGGCUUUGAUAUUCCUGUUUCAAAUGUAUGGUCAAAAUUUGUGCCAAAAUGGAACCAGACCCAACAUUGUGAUGGUGAUGAGUGAUGCAUUUGACGGGCGAUUGACCUUUGAUCCUGGCAGCAAAGUUGUGCAGCUGCCAUACGUAAACUACCUCAGGGAGCUUGGUACCACAUUCCUCAAUGCUUACACAAACUCACCCAUCUGCUGCCCCUCAAGAGCAGCUAUGUGGAGCGGUCAGUUUGUUCACCUCACUCAGUCAUGGAACAACUACAAGUGCCUCGAUGCUAAUGCUACAACAUGGAUGGAUUUGCUGGAGGCGAAUGGAUAUCUUACCAAGUCGAUGGGCAAGCUGGACUAUACCUCAGGAAGUCAUUCUGUUAGUAAUCGAGUUGAGGCCUGGACACGAGAUGUUCAGUUCCUCCUGCGCCAAGAGGGCCGGCCUGUUACGCAACUUGUUGGGAACAUGUCAACAGUAAGGAUCAUGAGAAAAGACUGGGAAAACACAGACAAGGCUGCACAGUGGAUCCACCAGAGAGCUGCAUCCUCACACCAGCCCUUCGCUCUUUAUCUUGGCCUUAAUUUACCUCACCCAUAUAAAACUGAAUCCCUGGGGCCCACCGCAGGAGGAUCCACCUUCCUUACUUCACCAUACUGGCUGAAAAAGGUGUCUUCUGAGCUCAUCACUGUUCCUAAAUGGCUGCCUAUUGAUGCCAUGCAUCCUGUCGACUACUACUCCACCUUCACCAAAAACUGCAGUGGUGUUUUCGCUGAGGAGGAAGUCAAAAGCAUAAGGGCCAUCUAUUAUGCCAUGUGUGCUGAAGCAGAUGCCAUGCUGGGCCAGGUGAUCUCAGCUCUGAGAGAGACUGCCCUGCUUAACAACACUGUUGUGAUCUUUACGGCUGACCACGGAGAGCUAGCCAUGGAGCACCGGCAGUUCUACAAGAUGUCAAUGUUUGAAGGAAGUUCCCAUGUUCCCCUGCUGAUCAUGGGGCCUGAGCUGAUGUCUGGGCUGCAGGUCAACCAGCUGGUGUCCUUGGUUGAUCUCUAUCCCACUGUGCUGGACAUUGCUGGUAUUGCAGCAGUAGGCAGUCUCAGUGGCCACUCGCUCCUUCCUCUGCUAUCCAAGGCCAGCGCUUUUUCCAUGAAGCAACAUCCAGACUGGGUUCUGAGUGAAUAUCAUGGUUGUAAUGUCAAUGCCUCGACAUACAUGCUGAGAAUUGGCCGGUGGAAAUAUAUUGCCUAUGCAGAUGGACUGACUGUCCCCCCACAGCUUUUUGAUGUAAAACUGGACAAAGAAGAACUUCAUGAUGUAGUUCUCAGAUUCCCAAUUGUGCAGGCGUACCUGGACAAGCUAUUGCGUAGUAUUUUAGACUAUUCAAAAGUCUCUACAACUGUCCAUCUCUACAAUAAAGAAUCAUUUGGUGUCUGGCGCAAUAGUUUGGGGAGAAACUACACUCAGGUCAUCGCUAACCUCAGGUGGCAUGUGGAUUGGCAAAAAGAUGCGUUAGCCAAUGAGAGAGCUAUUGACAAGUGGCUCUAUGGACUUUUGUGAUAUUUUCUAUUGUUGUAAUGAUGGUUCAAUUUAAGGUGUCUGUUAGUUUUUAAUAGUAGUUGAUUAAACAUGGACUCUCUCACAUCUUUGACGAUGAGAGAGCCAUUUAUAGGUUGCUCUGUGGCUCUUAAUGGUUAAAAGUUAUAAUGAUGGAUAAUCUCAGAGUAUCAUUUUUAAUGUCCUUGGCUCACACUAAAUCUGGAUUUGACACUUAUAUGUCACAUCUCUGAUCAUUUCACACAGACUUUCAGUGGGGCUUAAAUGUAAUAUGACCAUGACAUGAAGUAUAUUAAAUUCCUCCCAGUAUUAAAUUAUUUUCUUUUCCGAAAUAAAGAAAUAUUUUGUUUACUUUUA